CGGCCAAAUGUGGCAAAGUUUAUGCCAUUAAUAAAUUUGUUGUCAUCAAUGAUCCGGAUUUGUUGGAAGAGAUUAUGGUUACAAACAGUCAGGUGACGAUCGGACGGUGCGAUUUUCAUUUGGGUAGAGAUGACUAUUCACUGUCUGAGACAUUGCUAUUUCAAAACGAUUAUCACAAAUGGAAACGGAUUCGUAAGAUUAUGGGACAGGCAUUCACACCAAUCAAACUUAAGGAUCAGAUGCCAUACAAUGAACAUAUUGCUGAUCGACUGGUCGACCAUUUGGAACAGUAUUCAAGCACUGGUACAAAUUUUGAUAUCAAAAAUUCACUGGUAUCAUUUUCAUUAGACGUUAUCAAUGCUUAUGUGUUUGGCGCCAGUAUUAACACAUUUGACAACAAUGAUCAUCCGUUUUUGGUAAACGCCAACAAACUAUUUUCAUAUACAACAAACAAUACAAACUUUAUUCAAAUGAUGAUUAAGAAAAGACAACAUAUUUUGAAUAAUAAUAAUAAUAAUAAUAAUAGCAAUUCCCGGGAACAGUAUCUCAACGAUAAAGAGCUCACAGAACAGGCAAUUAUUUUGUUGAUCACCGGCUUUGAGUCAAUGAGUAAUUCUUUAUGUAAUGCUGUCUACUAUUUAGCCAAACAUCCCGAUUGUCAACAAAAACUCUAUGAAGAAGUGUUCACUUAUUUCAGUAACAGACAGACAGACAGUUAUGAUAUGGCUAUCAAUGAACUCAAGUAUUUGAAUGCUGUCAUCAAUGAGACACUUCGUAUGGCACCUCCAGUCGCUUACUUUCCACGACUCAUCGCUCAGGACUAUAAAUUUAAAAAUACUAACAUAACAUUACCAAAAGGCUCGGUACUUUUGGUACAGCCUUAUGUUAUGCACCGAUGGCCACAAUAUUAUGCCGAUCCCGAUAUGUUUAAUCCAAAUCGUUUUAUGGAUCCAAUGUCUAAACCGCCGUCCAAUGUAUUCAUACCCUUUGGAAACGGUCCGCGCAUUUGUAUCGCACAAUAUUUUGCUUUGAAUGAAAUGCGUAUAUCUAUUGCAAAAUUAAUACUAAACUAUGAUUUUGCAUUAGCACCGGGAUUUCAGAUAAGUUAUUAUAAUCUCAAUGAACUCAUGAAUCCAAAACAAGUGUUAGUAAACAUAAGAAAACGUUAA